ACGGGGGGGAGCUCCGUGAAGAGGUUUCGGUAACGGAGAGGGCUCAGAAAACGGGGGAGGGGGCUUCGUGGGGCCGUCUCGGUAACGGGGGGGGGGCUUCCGUGAGGGGGAGCCCUGUAACGGGGCCUUCCGUGAAGGGGUCUCGGUAACGGGGGGGGCUCCCUGAAGGGGUCCCGGUAACGGGUGGGGCCUCUGUGAAGGGGUCCCGGUAACGGAAGGGGCUCAGUAAGCGGGGGAAGGGGCUUCGUGAGGGGGUCCCGGUAACGGGGCCUUCUGUGAAGGGUUCUCGGUAACGGGGGGGGCUUCCGUGAGGGGGAGCCCUGUAACGGGGGCUUCCGUGAAGGGGUCCCGGUAACGGAGGGGGCUCAGUAACCGGGGGAGGGGGCUUCGCGGGGGGGGUCUCAGUAACGGAGGGGGCUUCGUGGGGGGGGUCCCGGUAACGGGGGGGGGGGGGUGCUUCCGUGAAAGGGUCCCGGUAACGAAGAGUGCUCCGUGAGGGGGCUCCGGGCCGUGCCGUGCCGGGGAUGCCGCUGGCUGCGGGCCCCCUUUUCCCCCCGGGCCCUCCGGUAGGCCGCGCGGUGCCGUUGUGCCGGCGGCCCCCUCGCCAUGGCGGCGGGCGGUAGCGGCGGCGGGCGGUGAGCGAUGAGAUCCACCGCCUUCAGGCCGACCGGGGCCGAGCGACCGGGCCCGGUGGGGGGGGUGGGGGGGGAGCAGCAGCAGCAGCAGCAACAACCCCGGCAGGAGCAGCAGGAGGAGGAAGAGGAGGAGGAGGAGGAAGAAGAAGAAGGGGAGGAGGAGGAGGGCCCCGCACCGCCCCGCAGGCCCAAGGAGCCGCCGCCGCUGGGGGCACACAAGGGCCGAGGCGGCGGGGGGCCGGCGGGGGCUCCCGGGCCACCGGGCGAGAGCUGGGCCGGGCUGGUGCCGGUGGCCACCGGUGGUGGGAAGCGGGAGGCGGCGGGGGAUGCCAGCGGCCGGCCUCGGUACCAAGCGGGGCUGCCCGGGCACGGAGCGGCUCCGGGGGAGAAGGAGAAGGAGAGCGGAGGAGGAGGAGGAGGAGGAACGGGGCUUGAGGAACCGGGGCCGGGCCCUCAGCAGCCACCGCCACCACCGCCACCAGCAGCACCGCAGCCGCCUCCCGGUGAGGCCAAGUGGAGGAGCGGAGCUCGGAGGGGAGCCAUGGGGGCCGGCGGGGGUUCGCCGGGGCAAGCGGCCUGCCUGCGGCAGAUCCUGCUGCUGCAGCUGGACCUCAUCGAGCAGCAGCAGCAGCAGCUGCAGGCCAAGGAGAAGGAGAUCGAGGAGCUCAAGGCCGAGAGGGACACGCUCCUGGCGCGCAUUGAGCGCAUGGAAAGGCGAGUGCAGCUGGUGAAGAAGGACACGGAGCGGGAGAAGCAGCGAAUCUUCCAGGCCUUCGAGGCCGAGGAGAAGACCGAAGCGGAGGGGGGGUGCGACAAACUCCCCCCCGAGUGCCCCCAGGAACUGCUGGAACCCUCGCAGACCCUACAGCCCAAACACUUCCCCUACGGCAGGAACGGGAAAGGGCACAAAAGGAAGCCGCCGUUCGGGAGCACGGAGAGGAAGACCCCCGUUAAAAAACUGGUGUCCGAGUUCUCCAAGGUGAAGAGUAAAACUCUGAAACACUCCCCGGGGAAGGAAGAAUCGAGCGGUUCCCUAUCCGAAACUGUUUGCAAACGGGAACUGAGGAGCCAAGAGACUCCGGAAAAAAACCGCUCCUUGCUGGAGACCCCGCUCAGACCCUCGGCCCCCCUGAAGGGUCCCGGCGGCCAGCCCAAGGAGAAGGGCUUCUUCAGCGAGCUCGAGGACCUGCCCUACCUUUCCACCACCGAAAUGUACUUGUGCCGCUGGCACCAGCCCCCCCCAUCACCGUUGCCGUUACGAGAGCCCUCCCCAAAGAAGGAGGAGACUGUAGCAAUUCCAUCUUGGAGGGACCAUGUCGUGGAGCCCCUGCGAGACCCCAACCCCUCAGACGUCCUGGAGAACCUCGAUGACAGCGUCUUUUCCAAGCGGCAUGCGAAGCUGGAGCUGGAUGAGAAACGGAGAAAAAGGUGGGACAUCCAGAGGAUCAGGGAACAACGGAUCCUCCAGCGCCUGCAGCUCCGAAUGUACAAAAGGAAAGGAAUUCAGGAGUCGGAGCCUGAAGUUACCUCAUUUUUCCCUGAGCCGGAUGACGUGGAAAGUUUGCUGAUCACCCCCUACCUGCCCGUCGUCGCCUUCGGCCGCCCCUUACCCAAAUUAACCCCACAGAAUUUCGAGCUGCCCUGGCUGGACGAGCGCAGCCGCUGCCGGCUGGAGGUGCAGAAGAAGCAGACCCCGCACCGGACCUGCAGGAAGUAGCGGCGGAGCCGGGAGCUCCGCGCCUUUUUUUGGGGGGGGGGCUCCUUGGCCCUCCUCUUGGUUCUCGUUCACGGAUCGUUGUUUUUUAUUUUUAUUUUUGUUGUUCCAUCCACGCCCUGGUUUUGUUCUCCGGGGUUUUUCACGUUCCACACGCGGUGGCCGCUCUGAGCUGGGCUUUUUGCCCUCUUCUCCUCCCUCCUCCGCAGCCCAAACUUUUUGGGCAGCCACGAGCAGGGCCCAGACCCUGUGGUAGCGCUCACCCCACGGGGGGGGAGAAGCCCCAAAAUUUUGGGGUUUGGCGGAGCUGCGGUGCCCUCCAAGCCUGUGCCCGCCUUGUUCUUGUUGGGUUUUAGGUAGAAAUCGGCGUUUUUUGGGGGCGGGAGCAGCCCCCGGCGGCCGUCGCCGCUUUUUAUUUUCCCCUGUUGGGCGGCUGUAGCGGGGUUGGGGGGUGGAGUUUAAAGAAAAAAACAUAAAAACCCCUUUUUUUGUGAAAUAGAAAUCCUAUACGCACAACUUUGGUUCUUUUUUUUUGUUUAUUUUUUUAUUUAAGCGUUUGUGAGGCCAACCCCCAGCGGGGGUCACCAGGACGGGGUUGGGGCCUUGGGGUCCUGGCUCCGACCCCCACCGCUGCCCCCCAGGGGGCCGGGGCCUGGCCCUUUGCCCCCCCCCCCCCCCCUUCUGUCCCCAUGUCCCUUGGGGAAAUGACCCCAAAACCAGCCCUUUUCACCCCAAAUUGCGUCUCCGCCCCGCAGCCGCGUGCGAGCUCGCGUAAGGACACAGGACACUCGUUACCAUGUUGGUUGGGUUUUGGUUUUAUUUUUUAAAAAGGAAAAAGAAGAAAAAAAAAUAGGAAACGUGUUAAAAAAAACAAAAACAACAAAAAAAAAAAA